UGGGGGUUUCUGCACGAUGUUGUGCUCCUGCCGAGAUCCGCUCCGCGCUUUGCUUCCUGCCGUACUUCCCAACUUUGCUCAAAGUCGCCUUACUCCGAGCUAGUGGAGGGACCGCUGGACAGACAGAGGACCGAGUGGGGAAUCGGCCAAGGACCCACACAGGCAGAGUCAACACGGGACCCCAAGGGAGGGGAUAGAUGGGCAUGGGCCCCAGACCUCUCAUCCCCCCUCAUCCUGAUUCCUCUCCUCUUCAGGAUGGAGCAGGCCGCAGGAGAACAAGGGAGGGACCUGCGGGGACAGCCUGGGCCCUGGCAGCUUCUACUGGGCCUGCUGCUGAGCGAGCUGGCCACCGCCCUGGCCCAGGCCCUGGCCCCGGAUGUGCCAGGCUGUUCGCGGGGAAGCUGCUACCCCGCCACAGGGGACCUGCUGGUGGGCCGUGCUGACAGACUGACCGCCUCAUCCACCUGUGGCUUGCAUGGGCCCCAGCCCUACUGCAUCGUCAGUCACCUGCAGGACGAGAAGAAAUGCUUCCUGUGUGACUCCCGGCGCCCCUUCUCUGCUAGAGACAACCCAAACAGCCAUCGCAUCCAGAAUGUAGUUACCAGCUUCGCACCACAACGCCGGGCAGCCUGGUGGCAGUCAGAGAAUGGUGUCCCCGUGGUCACCAUCCAGCUGGACUUGGAGGCUGAGUUCCAUUUCACGCACCUCAUUAUGACCUUCAAGACGUUUCGCCCUGCUGCCAUGCUGGUGGAGCGCUCAGCAGACUUUGGACGCACCUGGCACGUGUACAGAUAUUUCUCCUAUGACUGUGGGGCUGACUUCCCAGGAGUCCCACUGGCCCCCCCACGGCACUGGGAUGACGUAGUCUGUGAGUCACGCUAUUCAGAGAUUGAGCCAUCUACUGAAGGCGAGGUCAUCUAUCGUGUGCUGGACCCUGCAAUCCCUAUUCCAGACCCCUACAGCCCAUGGAUCCAGAACCUGCUAAAGAUCACCAACCUACGGGUGAACCUGACACGGCUACACACACUUGGAGACAACCUGCUUGACCCACGGCGGGAGAUCCGGGAAAAGUACUAUUAUGCCCUGUACGAGCUGGUUGUGCGUGGCAACUGCUUCUGCUAUGGACAUGCCUCACAGUGUGCACCCGCCCCAGGGGCACCAGCCCAUGCUGAGGGCAUGGUUCAUGGGGCCUGCAUCUGCAAACACAACACUCGUGGCUUCAACUGUGAGCAGUGUCAGGAUUUCUAUCAUGAUCUGCCCUGGCACCCCGCUGAGGACGGCCACAGUCACGCCUGCAGGAAGUGUGAGUGCCAUGGGCAUACCUACAGCUGCCACUUCGACAUGGCCAUAUACCUUGCAUCUGGCAACGUGAGUGGAGGUGUGUGUGAUGGGUGUCAGCACAACACAGCUGGGCUCCAGUGUGAGCUCUGCCGACCCUUCUUCUACCGUGACCCAACCAAGGACCUGCGAGACCCAGCCGUGUGCCGCUCCUGUGACUGUGACCCCAUGGGUUCCCAAGACAGUGGUCGCUGUGAUCCCCAUGAUGAUCCUGCACUGGGGCUUGUCUCAGGCCAGUGUCGCUGCAAAGAACAUGUGGUGGGCUCUCGCUGCCAGCAGUGCCGUGAUGGCUUCUUUGGGCUCAGUGCCAGUGACCCUCUAGGCUGCCAGCAAUGUCAGUGUGAUACACGGGGCACGGUGCCGGGGGGCACCCCUUGUGACCGCAACAGUGGAGCCUGUUUCUGCAAGCGUCUAGUGACUGGACGUGGCUGCAACCGCUGCCUGCCUGGUCACUGGGGCCUGAGCCACGACUUACUUGGCUGCCGUCCAUGUGACUGCGAUGUCGGUGGUGCCCUGGAUCCCCAGUGCAACGAGGCCACAGGUCAGUGCCGCUGCCGCCAGAACAUGGUGGGGCGACGCUGUGAGCAGGUGCAGCCUGGUUACUUCCGACCCUUCCUUGACCACCUAAUUUGGGAGGCUGAGGAAGCCCGGGGGCAGGUACCUGAUGUGGUGGAGCGCCUGGUGACCCCUGGGGGGAUUCCAUCUUGGACUGGCCCAGGCUUUGUUAGGCUGCGGGAAGGCCAGGCACUGGAGUUCCUGUUGGCCUCUGUACCAAGAGCCAUGGACUAUGACCUGCUACUGCGCUUGGAGCCCCAGGUACCUGAGCAAUGGGCAGAGAUGGAACUGACUGUGCAGCGCCCAGGGCCUGUAUCUGCCCACAGUCCAUGUGGGCACGUGCUGCCCAAGGAUGACCACAUCCCAGGGACUCUGCAACCAGGCACCAGGUACAUGGUGUUUCCCAGACCUGUCUGCCUUGAGCCUGGCAUCUCCUACAAGCUGCAUCUCAAGCUGGUGCGAACAGGAGGAGGUGCCCAGCCUGAGGCCCCCUAUUCUGGACCCAGCCUACUCAUUGACUCGCUGGUGCUGCUGCCCCGUGUCCUGGUGCUGGAUAUGUUUAGUGGGGGUGAUGCGGCUUCUCUGGAGCGCCGUGCCACCUUUGAACACUACCGCUGCCACGAGGAGGGUCUGGUGCCCAGCAAGACCCUUCCCUCUGAGGCCUGCGCCCCCCUCCUCAUCAGCCUGUCCACACUGGUCUACAACGGAGCCCUGCCCUGUCAGUGUGACCCCCAGGGCUCACUGAGCUCUGAGUGCAACCCCCAUGGCGGUCAGUGCCUGUGCAAACCUGCAGUGGUUGGGCGCCGCUGUGACCUCUGUGCCCCUGGCUAUUAUGGCUUUGGCCCCACAGGCUGUCAAGCCUGCCAGUGCAGCCCUGAGGGGGCACUCAGCGGCCUGUGUGAAGCAACCAAUGGGCAAUGCCCCUGCCGAACUGGUGCAUUUGGGCUUCGCUGUGACCGCUGCCAGCGUGGCCAGUGGGGAUUCCCUAACUGCCGGCCGUGUGUCUGCAACGGGCAUGCAGACGAAUGUGACCCUGACACAGGCACUUGCCUGGGCUGCCGUGACCACACAGGGGGUGAGCACUGUGAAAGAUGCAUUGCUGGCUUCCACGGGGACCCACGGCUGCCAUAUGGGGGCCAGUGCCGGCCAUGUCCCUGCCCUGAAGGCCCCGGGAGCCGGCGGCACUUUGCUACUUCUUGCCAUCGGGAUGGGUACUCCCAGCAGAUCAUGUGCCACUGCAGGGCAGGCUACACAGGGCUGCGGUGCCAGGAGAAUGGGCAGGAGCUGUCUCCUGUUGCCCUGGACCCAGGCCCUGAGCCCCGCCGGGCUAAACAGGAGGCCCGGAACCAGAAGCGGGCCCAGGGCCGUGGUGAGGUAGGCGCAGGGGCUGGCCCUGGGGCCCAGGCAGGGCCCAGCGCCAAGAGGGCUGUGCAUCUCCACAGAGGGCCGGAGGGGGAAGGGUCCAGAGAUGGCCCUGCACCCCGGGGUGAUGCCCCCCAAUUCCUGGCUGAGCCGGCCACCCAGGCUGAGGCUGAGGAACAGCUCCGUGUACCACCACUGAACCCCCAGACCUGCCUCCUGGGCUCAGAGGAGAAUCUAGCACUUUUGACAGGAAACAAGGCAGUAGCCCCCAGGAAUGACCCAGUGUCCCCAGUCAUGGCCCCGAGCAGAGACCCUGAGAAAGAUGAUCGUUCCAAAGAGGAGAUGGCAGUGGCAGCAGAUGCUGCAGCCUUGGUGGAUGGUAAAGAGCCCAAGUCCAUGGUGAACCUGGCAUUUGUCAAGAAUGACUCGUAUGAGAAGGGGCCGGACUCAGUGGUGGUGCACGUGUACGUGAAGGAAAUCUGCAGGGACACAUCUCGAGUGCUUUUCCGCGAGCAGGACUUCACGCUUAUCUUCCAGACCAGGGAUGGAAACUUCCUGAGACUGCACCCAGGCUGUGGGCCCCACACCAUCUUCCGUUGGCAGGUGAAGCUCAGGAACCUGAUCGAGCCAGAGCAGUGCACCUUCUGCUUCACGGCCUCUCGCAUCGACAUCUGCCUUCAUAAGCGGCAGAGUCAGCGCUGGGGGGGCCUGGAGGCCCCAGCUGCACGAGUGGGUGGUGCAAAGGUAGCCGUGCCGACAGGUCCAACCCCUCUGGAUUCAACCCCACCGGGAGGUACCCCCCACCCCCUGACAGGCCAGGAGGAAGCCCGGGCUGUGGAGAAGGAGAAACCCAAGGCUCGAUCUGAGGACACAGGCCUAGAUGGUGUAGCAGCCCGCACCCCCAUGGAGCAUGUAGCCCCAAAGCCAGAGCCACACCUGGCAUCGCCCAAGCCCACAUGUAUGGUGCCCCCAAUGCCCCACAGCCCGGUGAGUGGAGACAGCGUGGAGGAAGAGGAGGAGGAAGAGAAGAAGGUGUGUCUGCCGGGCUUCACUGGCCUUGUCAAUCUAGGCAACACCUGUUUCAUGAACAGUGUCAUCCAGUCUCUGUCCAAUACUCGGGAGCUGCGGGACUUCUUCCACGACCGCUCCUUUGAGGCCGAGAUCAACUACAACAACCCACUGGGGACUGGCGGGCGUCUGGCCAUCGGCUUUGCUGUGCUGCUCCGGGCGCUGUGGAAGGGAACCCACCAUGCCUUCCAGCCCUCCAAGUUGAAGGCCAUUGUGGCGAGCAAGGCCAGCCAGUUCACAGGCUAUGCACAGCACGAUGCCCAGGAGUUUAUGGCUUUCCUGCUGGAUGGGCUGCACGAGGACUUGAACCGUAUUCAGAAUAAGCCCUACACGGAGACCGUGGACUCAGAUGGGCGACCUGAUGAGGUGGUAGCUGAGGAAGCCUGGCAGCGGCACAAGAUGAGGAAUGACUCUUUCAUCGUGGACCUAUUUCAGGGCCAGUACAAGUCGAAGCUGGUGUGCCCCGUGUGUGCAAAGGUCUCCAUCACUUUUGACCCGUUCCUGUACCUGCCGGUGCCCUUGCCACAGAAGCAAAAGGUUCUCCCCGUCUUCUAUUUUGCCCGGGAGCCCCACAGCAAGCCUGUCAAGUUUCUGGUGAGCAUCAGCAAGGAGAACUCCAGUGCAAGUGAAGUGUUGGACUCCCUGUCUCAGAGUGUCCACGUGAAGCCUGAGAACCUGCGUCUGGCUGAGGUGAUUAAGAAUCGCUUCCAUCGUGUGUUCUUGCCCUCCCACUCACUGGACACUGUGUCACCUUCCGACAUGCUCCUCUGCUUUGAGCUGCUAUCCCCAGAGUUGGCUAAGGAGCGGGUGGUGGUGCUAGAGGUGCAACAGCGCCCCCAGGUGCCCAGCAUACCCAUCUCCAAGUGUGCAGCCUGCCAGCGGAAGCAGCAGUCAGAGGAUGAGAAGCUGAAGCGCUGUACCCGUUGCUACCGCGUGGGCUACUGCAACCAGCUCUGUCAGAAAACCCAUUGGCCUGACCAUAAGGGCCUCUGCCGCCCUGAGAACAUUGGCUACCCCUUCCUGGUCAGUGUACCUGCCUCACGCCUCACUUAUGCCCGUCUUGCUCAGCUGCUAGAGGGCUAUGCCCGGUACUCUGUGAGUGUGUUCCAGCCACCCUUCCAGCCUGGCCGCAUGGCCUUGGAGUCCCAGGGCCCUGGCUGCAACACACUGCUGUCCACUAGCUCCCUGGAGGCUGGGGACAAUGACAGGGACCCUGUUCAGCCACCGGAGCUCCAGAUGGUGACCUCUGUGGCUGAGGGGGACGCAGGGGUCCCCCGGGCUUGGGCAUCCCCUGAUCGGAGUUCUGUGCCCAGUACCAGUGGAAUUUCUUCUGAGAUGCUGGCCAGUGGGCCCAUUGAAGUUGGCUCCUUGCCUGCUGGUGAGAGGGUGUCCCGGCCUGAAGCUGCUGUGCCCGGGUACCAACACCCAAGUGAAGCCAUGAAUUCCCACACACCCCAGUUCUUUAUCUAUAGAAUUGAUGCAUCCAACCGAGAGCAGCGGCUAGAGGACAAAGGAGACACCCCGCUAGAGCUGGGUGAUGACUGCAGCCUGGCUCUAGUCUGGCGGAACAAUGAGCGCCUGCAGGAGUUUGUGUUGGUAGCCUCCAAGGAGCUGGAAUGUGCUGAGGAUCCAGGCUCUGCUGGUGAGGCUGCUCGUGCUGGCCACUUCACUCUGGACCAGUGUCUGAACCUCUUUACGCGGCCUGAGGUGCUGGCACCUGAGGAGGCUUGGUACUGCCCGCAGUGCAAACAACACCGCGAGGCCUCCAAGCAGCUGUUGCUGUGGCGCCUGCCGAAUGUGCUCAUCGUGCAGCUCAAGCGCUUCUCCUUUCGCAGUUUCAUCUGGCGUGACAAGAUCAAUGACUUGGUGGAGUUCCCUGUUCGGAACCUGGACCUGAGCAAGUUCUGUAUCGGUCAGAAAGAGGAGCAGCUGCCCAGCUAUGACCUGUAUGCUGUCAUCAACCACUAUGGAGGCAUGAUCGGUGGCCACUACACUGCCUGUGCACGCCUGCCCAAUGAUCGCAGCAGCCAGCGCAGCGACGUGGGCUGGCGCUUGUUUGAUGACAGCACGGUGACAACAGUAGACGAGAGCCAGGUCGUGACGCGUUAUGCCUAUGUACUCUUCUACCGCCGGCGGAACUCUCCUGUGGAGAGGCCCCCCCGAGCAGGUCACUCUGAACACCACCCAGACCUAGACCCUGCAGCUGAGUCUGCUGCCAGCCAGGGACUAGGCCCUGGCCAGGCCCCCGAGGUGGCCCCCACGCGGACAGCCCCUGAACGCUUCGCCCCCCCUGUGGACCGCCCAGCCCCCACCUACAGCAACAUGGAGGAGGUCGAUUAGCAGGUCCCUGGCUGGUGGGGGGACUGGGUUUGGGGGAUCCCCCACAGAGGGCCAGCUCUUUGAUGCUUCUCCUUCUCUAACCUAGAGAACACUGGCUUCGUCAAUGGGGAGUUGGGGGGGUAUGAUUUGAGGGUGGAAACCUCACUGGUUGGGACUUCUUGUCAACUUGACCCCCCAACCAGUGGGCCUUGGCUUCUCCAGCCACACCCAGUGCUGCGUGAUUUGAUUCUCAGUUGUACCUUCAAUUCUUUCUGACUCGCAUUAUAAACAUUAUAAUUUUAUUCUAAAAAUUGUAAUUUUUUUUUUUUUUGCAUUUUGGAAGUGAUUGCUGCUGUUUAAAUAUAUUUUAAAAAUAAA